AUGGCCGCGCUGGACAGUGACAGCGACGAGGACCUGAUCAGCUACGGGACGGGUCUGGAGCCCCUGGAAGAAGGUGAAAGACCAAAGAAACCAAUUCCUCUUCAGGAUCAGACUGUCAGAGAUGAAAAAGGAAGGUACAAACGAUUUCAUGGGGCCUUUAGUGGAGGCUUCUCUGCUGGAUAUUUCAAUACAGUUGGCUCCAAAGAAGGAUGGACACCAUCGACCUUUGUAUCUUCACGACAGAACAGAGCCGACAAAUCUGUUCUUGGUCCUGAAGACUUUAUGGAUGAAGAGGAUCUUAGUGAAUUUGGGAUAGCACCUAAAGCCAUUGUCACCACAGAUGAUUUUGCUUCCAAAACCAAAGACAGAAUACUAGAAAAGGCCAGGCAGUUGGCAGCAGCUGCCGCCCCUAUUCCUGGAGCCACUCUGCUUGAUGACCUCAUAGCGCCAGCAAAAUUAUCUGUUGGCUUUGAAUUGCUGAGAAAAAUGGGUUGGAAGGAAGGACAAGGAGUUGGCCCUCGAGUAAAGAGAAAACCACGCCAACAGAAAUCUGACCCUGGAGUGAAGAUCUAUGGCUGUGCAUUACCGCCUGGUGACUCUGAAGGAUCUGAGGAUGAAGAUGAUGACUACCUGCCUGAAAAUGUGACCUUUGCACCCAAAGAUGUCACACCUGUGGAUUUCACACCUAAAGAUAAUGUGCACGGACUGGCUUACAAGGGCCUGGAUCCCCACCAAGCACUCUUUGGAAUUUCGGGAGAACAUUUUAAUCUUUUCAGCUCGGGAUCUGAGAGGGCCAGCAACCUUCUUGGAGAUGUUGGACCAAGUAAAGGGAGAAAGCUGGGCAUUUCAGGCCAGGCUUUUGGUGUAGGUGCCCUGGAAGAGGAAGAUGAUGAUAUUUAUGCCACAGAAACUCUAUCCAAGUAUGACACCGUUUUGAAGGAUGAGGAGCCUGGCGAUGGGCUCUACGGCUGGACGGCGCCCAAGCAGUAUAAAAACCAAAAAGACUCAGAGAAAGAUCUUCGCUACGUUGGCAAAAUUCUGGAUGGAUUUUCCUUGGCAUCUAAGUCUUUAUCUUCUAAGAAAAUUUAUCCUCCACCUGUGUUGCCAAGAGACUAUCGGCCAGUGCAUUAUUUCAGCCCCGUGGUAGCGGCAACCUCAGGAAACACCCACUUGGCUCUGGUAUUAUCAGAGUCAUCUGGAAAGGCAGAAUGCGACUCAGGGGCACGUGGUAGGCACCAGCUGAACGCCUCCAAGCGAGGGGACCUGCUGGGAGAGAAGCCUCUUCAAGGUUCAACCACUUCAGUUUUAGAGUUUCUGUCCCAAAAAGAUAAAGAGAGGAUCAAAGAAAUGAAACAGGCAACUGACCUUAAAGCGGCUCAGCUGCAGGCCAGGAGUCUAGCCCAGAAUGCCCCGAGUGGGAGAGCCCAGCCUUCCUCUCCGGACACUGGACACUCUUCCUGGACCCCAGCAUCGAGCGAAAGGACGGCCGUCACAAGAGCCAGCAACUUCAAACCCUUCACAAAAGAUCCAGAGAAGCAGAAACGAUAUGAAGCCUUCUUAGCAAAUAUGAAACAGGGCCACAAAGAUGCUCUGGAAAGAUGUCUGGAUCCUCAUAUGACUGAGUGGGAGCGAGGCCGUGAACGAGAGGAGUUUGCUCGAGCCUCCCAGCUGUAUGUGUCUUCCCAUUCCACCUUGUCCUCCAGGUUCACUCACGCCAGGGAGGAAGAUGACUCGGAUCAAGUUGAAGUCCCUCGAGACCAAGAGAAUGACGUCAACGACAAGCAGUCGGCUGUGAAGAUGAAGAGGUUCGGGAAGCUUACCCGAGACACGUUUGAGUGGCACCCCGACAAGCUCCUGUGUAAGAGGUUUAAUGUCCCUGACCCUUAUCCAGAUUCUACAUUGGUUGGAUUACCAAGAGUGAAACGGGAUAAAUACUCAGUCUUCAACUUUCUGACACUUCCAGAGACCUCCUUGCCUGCCAUUCAAGCAUCGAGUGUAGAAGUGCAGCAGCACCAAGGUCCCAACAAAUCAAGAAAACCUUCUAGAUGGGAUACAUCUAAACAAGAAAAUAAAGAUGAUUCCAUUAGUGAAUUUUUAAGUUUUGCUAGAUCAAAAGUUGGUACACCUAAACAAGAGUCCAGUCCACCAGUGAAGAAAGAGGAAGCGCGUGUAACGGAACCACUCUUGAAUAAGAUGGUAACCCAAGGUAUGGACUCACAGACUGAGGGAGAAGCUAGCCGCCCAUCCAUGGAUUUAUUCAAGGCCAUCUUUGCCAGCUCCUCAGAUGAAAAGUCCUCGUCUUCUGAGGAUGAGCAGGGUGACAGUGAGGAUGAUCAGCCUGUGGCUUUGGAGGAUGACUUCAAGCAUUCCGAAGAGACUGGUUUGGUGGGAACAUCAUCAGUGGCACCUGCCAGUGAGCCGGCACCCCAGGCACCUGCACCUUCCUUCCCAAUACAAAAGGUGCACAUAGAUGAGAGAGAAGAGUUCGGUCCCCGGCUGCCCCCGGUCUUCUGCCCCAAUGCUCGUCAGCAACUGGAGAUACCGCAAAAGGAGAAACCUAAAAAGAACAAAGAAAAGCACAAAAUUAAGAAAGAGCACAGGCGAAAGAAAGAGAAGGCUGAAACAGCUUCCACUGAGGAGACACUAAUUUCCUUCUACCCUGGCCUGCCCCAAUCCAGACCUCCACCAUGA